AUGCCUGCUGAGGUCUACAAGCACGGAGGUCCCCAACUCAUGGAUCGCCUGACUGAGCUCUUCCAGGAGAUGCGACGUCAAGGCGAAGUCCCGCAAGAUUUUAAGAACGCAGCCAUCGUGCAUCUCUACAAGCGAAAAGGGAAUCGCCAAGUCCGCGACAAUCACCGCGGCAUCUCCUUGCUGAAAAUCGCCUGGACGGUCUUCGCUCGCAUCCUCUUCAAUUGCCUGAACAGCCAUCUGGAACAGGGCCUUCUGCCGGAAAGCCAAUGCGGCUUCCGUCGUCAUCGCGGGACCACGGAUAUGAUCUUCGCCGCCUGUCAACUGCAGGAGAAGUGCCAGGAGAUGCGGACCCACCUGUAUUCUACCUUCGUGGACCUGACGAAAGCCUUUGACACGGUAAAUCGUGAAGGACUGUGGAAGAUCAUGCAGAAAUUCGGCUGUCCGGAGCGAUUCACUCAGAUGGUGCGUCAGCUUCACGACGGUAUGAUGGCGCGAGUCACGGACAACGGAGCUGUCUCAGAGGCAUUCGCAGUGACCAAUGGAGUGAAGCAGGGAUGCGUGCUGGCGCCUACCCUCUCUAGUCUUAUGUUUUCUGCCAUGCGGAUGGACGCCUAUCGUGAUGAGCACCCCGGGAUCCGCAUCGCCUACAGGACGAACGGUCACAUUCUGAAUCAACGACGGAUGCACUUCCAAUCGCGUUAUCCACAACCACCGUUCGCGAACUCCUCUCCGCCGACGACUGCGCCCUGA